AACCCACAGUUCUAAAAUCCCCAGUUGAGCUGCUCCAUAGUUUUACAAUGCAAAUCCUUCCACAAAAAUGAAAACUAUGCAACCGAAUCUUGACCCAAUUUGCAUGCUUAGACAAAUCAGCUGAGACAUCAACCCCCAAAACAACAUGUAAAGCAGCAGAAAUAUUAAAUGACAUUAGGAUACUUCUGCCCCUGAGAUAAGUAGGUGAGCAUUGCCCAUAACAGCUCCUUGGGAUUGGUAGUGCCUGGCAAAUAUGAGGCUUUCAGGAGCCCAGAGGAAGCUGAGUAAUAAUUGCAAGCUCUUGUAUUGCAAUGGUGACAUCUUUUGCUGUCCUUUGUCUAUCAAUUGCUAUAAUUGAAUCCCUGGCAGGAAUUCUAGGAAAUGGAAUUAUCUUGGCUGCCAGUUUAUCAAGCUGCAUUGGGAGCAAAAUAUGGCCCCCAUACGACAUGGUCAUGAUCUCACUGAGUUCAUCUAAAUUCAUUUUGCCGUCAUGGAAUACACUGGAUUCCUUAAUGAGUCUAUUUUAUGAGCCCUUCAUUCACGAAGAAAACAUGUUUGUAGUUACCAAGACAAUUUCUACAUUUCUGAGCUACUCCAGCCUCUGGUUUGGAGCCUGGCUUAGUGUCUUCUAUUGUGUUAAAGUUGCCAGUUUUACACAGUCUUUCUUCAUCUGGCUGAAGCUAAGAAUUGCCAGGCUGGUGCCCUGGUUGCUGCUCACAUCAUGGCUCUUCUCCUUCACAGCUGCAAUUCCCUUUGCCUGGGAUGUCUACAGUGUGCAUGAGAACAUCACUGCUCCUUCAUCCAUGACAAACUCUUCAGCAAGGAGAACCACAGGGGAUGACAGUUUCACUUUAUUGAUUUAUCUCUGGAAUGCAAGUACAGCUUUGCCUUUAAUACUGUCUGUUGUUUCCAGUGUUCUGCUGAUUCGGUCUCUGUUGAUACACACCAGAUGGAUGCAAAGUAAUGCAAGUGGCUUCAGGGAUCCCAGCUUAGAGGCCCAUAGGAAAGGCUUCAAGUCAGUCUGUUCCUUCUUUUUCUUCUAUAUUACAUAUUUUAUUUGUUUGCUUCUCCUCUACUCCAGAGUCUUUUCACCUUUAAGUGAUAAGGAAUCCAUGUGUAUAGUUAUAUUGUCUGCCUGUCCUACAGGAUACACAAUGGUUUUAAUUUGGAGCAAUCCCAAAUUUCGAGAGCUGCCAGCUAGGAUUUGGCACCACACUAAAUGUCCUUUCAGUACUAUAUCUGUGUAAAUGAUCAUGACUUAGCAUGCAAUUUCUUGUUUAGAUCCAAAUUAAUUAAAUUAAGUUGUCAGAGAUAAAAAAUAUUAGGCACUGGAAUUAAUACAUUAGGGCCUUGAUCUGGAAUGAUGAAGAAGAGUAAAAAUUUGCUUUACUUGGAUGUGAGUUUUAUUUUGAAAUAUUUUGUAAGUUGUCUCCUAUUUGCUACACUUUCCUUGAAAAUUGCCAUGGUUUCUCUGGAACAAGAGAAAAACAAGGCCAAAACUCAGAUUCCUGUGUGAUUCAGUAAAAGAACAAAACAUCCUUUUGAUCUUUUUCUGCUCUUCCUGAAGUAAUGA